UUACCACGUGGGGACGUUUUUGCAGAGAUAGCAAAACAUCCGCAGUGACGUUUGCGUGUCUGUCAGUGAGCACGAAGAAAACUUUUUUCUUUCUUUUUUUAUCUUAUAUGAACGUCAAGAAAAACCCACAAAGGUUUUGAUACCAGAGUCAUUUCUUCUAGACCAUGCCCCACGACCCCGACCCUCCUCCGGCUAAAAAAUUCAAGCCGGGGUCAGUUUUUUUCCGUCUCGAUAAGAAUAAACCUGGAAUGCUGCUGCCCAGAAAGGGAAAUGCAACCACUCCGAUAGACGUCCAGAGGAAACAGCUUCCAAUCUACCAGGCGAAGCCUCAGCUGCUGAACCAACUGAGACAGCUUCACAAUGCUAUUCUUAUAGGUGAGACUGGCUCUGGGAAGACCACUCAGAUCCCACAGUAUCUGUAUGAGGCCGGCAUCGGACGACAGGGCAUCAUUGCCAUCACUCAGCCCCGUCGAGUUGCUGCCAUCUCACUGGCAGGAAGGGUGGCAGAGGAGAAGAGGACUCAGCUUGGCAAGCUGGUUGGUUACACAGUGCGCUUCGAAGAUGUCACCUCCUCUGAGACAAAGAUGAAGUUCAUGACAGAUGGCAUGCUCCUGCGCGAGGCCAUCGGAGACCCUUUACUGCUGCGCUACACUGUGGUGGUUUUGGAUGAAGCUCACGAGCGCACCGUGCACACCGAUGUGCUGUUCGGCGUGGUUAAGACCGCUCAACGCAGGCGCAGAGAACUUAAUAAGAUUCCCCUGAAGGUCAUAGUGAUGUCAGCUACGAUGGAUGUAGAUUUGUUCUCUGAGUACUUCAACAAGUCACCUGUGCUGUACCUGGAGGGGAGGCAGCAUCCCAUUCAGAUCUACUACACCAAGCAGCCCCAGUCAGACUACCUGCAGGCCGCACUUGUGUCUAUCUUCCAGAUCCAUCAGGAGGCACCUCCGUCCCAUGAUAUCUUAGUCUUCAUGACGGGUCAGGAGGAAAUCGAGGCUCUGGCGAGGACGUGCCGGGACAUCGCCAAGCAUCUGCCUGACGGCUGUGGUCCCAUGGUAGUUAUCCCUUUGUACGCAUCGCUGCCCCCAGCGCAGCAACUCAGGGUCUUCCAGCCAGCUCCCAAGGGCUGUAGGAAGGUUAUCCUCUCAACCAACAUCGCUGAGACGUCAGUUACAAUCUCUGGGAUCAAAUAUGUUAUCGACACGGGGAUGGUGAAGGCCAAACGUUUCAAUCCUGACAGUGGUUUGGAGGUGCUGGCAGUGCAGCGGGUUUCCAAAGCGCAGGCAUGGCAGCGAGCGGGCCGGGCCGGCAGGGAGGACUCAGGCUCCUGCUAUCGUCUCUACACUGAACAGGAAUUCAACAGCCUCAUCCCCAUGACUGUACCUGAGAUCCAGAGGUGUAACUUAGCCGGUGUGAUGCUGCAGUUAAUGGCUCUAGGGAUUCAAGAUGUGAUAAAUUUUGAUUUCAUGUCCAAGCCCUCUCCAGAGGCUGUUCGUUCGGCUGUGGAGCAUUUAGAGCUGCUGGGAGCUGUGGAGAGGAAGGAGGGGCAGGUUUCCCUCACUGCUCUGGGAAAGAAGAUGGCAAGCUUCCCUCUGGAGCCUAGAUACGCCAAGACCAUCCUGCUAUCCCCGGAUUACUCCUGCUCCGAGGAGAUUUUGAGCAUUGUGUCUCUGCUGUCAGUGGACACUGUACUGUAUAACCCUCCAGCCCGGCGGGAAGAGGUCCUCGCAGCACGCAAGAAGUUCACCUCCAGCGAAGGAGACCACAUGACGCUCCUCAACAUAUACAGAGCGUUCAAGAAAGUCAGUGGUAAUAAGGAAUGGUGUCGGGAGAACUUUGUCAACAGCAGGAACAUGGGUCUGGUAAAAGAGGUCCAGGCACAACUCAAAGAAAUCUGCCUUAAGCUCAAUUUGAAGCUGGAGUCAUGUGGAGCAGACACAGGGAACGUUCGCCGCUGCCUCGCCCACGGGAUGUUCGUCAACGCUGCAGAGCUCCAACCAGAUGGCAGCUACUUAGCUCUGGACACCCACCAGUCUGUGGCCAUCCACCCCUCCUCUGUCCUUUUUCAGGCCAAGCCAGCGUACGUGGUCUUCAAUGAGCUGUUGCACACCUCCCGCUGCUACAUGAGAGACCUCUGUUUGGUGGAUGCCGACUGGCUGCUGGAUGCAGCGCCAGAGUACUUUGGCCGCAAACUCCACCUUACCAAGAGCUAACCAACCGAGAAACAGGACAUCUUCCUCAAAUCACCCAGAGACAAUAAUACUGGAACAACUGUUGUUCUUUACAAAGCUGAAUUUGGUUAAAGACACAAAUCAGAAGAGGAAUUUUCUGUGCAGUAAACUUCUCUGGAUUUCACUACCUCCCAGUUGACAAGCAUCUGGCAUGUGUCACUGCAGCAGAAAUCUGCACACAGAGGCCUCACAACUUCAACCUCCUCCAGACUGUAACUCAGAUUUUAUAAACGGUGUUUCUUCUGCCUGAUAGUAUUUCAUCUCGCCAUUUGGCCACAUUUAACACCUAAAAAGGAGAUUCUUUUCUUUUGAGGUGUCAUGCUUCAGUUCUUUCAACAUAUGCAUGCAUUUUAAACAGCACAGAUAACCUCACUGGAGCACAGUUCUUCUAAUAAGUAAUGUGCUUGCCUGAUAUGAUUUAUAUCUUCAUUUUGUCUUUGAAAUCAAAUUAAUCUCACAAAAUAUUGUGCUUAAUCGUUAAGCUAUAUUCCCAUCAAGUUAAUUCAGAAAGUUAACGUAGACUGGCUAGUUGUUCUUUUCAGUGUUGUUUUGAAUAAUGCUGAUAAGUUAAUUGUCUGAUUUCUGCCUGCAAAGUGUUAGUUUUUCCAAGGAGCAAUCUCAUCUUAAAGUUUCUCACUCUGUAGUUCUGGGUUUAUACAAAAUGGUCUUAAAGGGUUUUUAUACAUGUGAGGGCAGCAGCUUUGUCUUAAUCUAUGAAGUUAUGUAAUAACAACAAAAAGUGAAAAACACCAAAGUUAGGGUUAUAAUAUGUGGUUUUCACAUGGCACAGUGACAUGGUUUUACUUAGUCUACAUGCAGCACUUGUCUUGUUAUCUUGUGCAUGACCUUUUCUCACAUCUACGACUCUAUCACCACUGUCCCAAAUACAUGCACGUCAGGAGAAGCAGCAUGCCUUAUUCUCCAGGUUCUACUCUUUGAUGUUGUGUGUUGCACAGAUCCUUAUUCAGACCCUGCACAGACUAACCACAGAUGUAUGCUGACAACAAAUGUAUGCAAUGCAUGGAGAUUAUAGUUCAUGAUCUGAUCGCUCAGGUCUUUCAUACUUUAUAGAAUGUAAAUCACACCAUGUUGAGGAACAGGAUGGAUCCUCCUCUUGUCUUUUUUUACACUGGACUCAGGAUUGUAGAAUAUAUACUGUAACCUGAAUAAAUGACAUAAACUAUU